AUGGAGGCAAAUGUAAAUGAAAUGUACAUCGAUUAUGAACGUUUAAAAAAUAUUCUAACUCUAGUAGAGCGUGAACGAAUAACCUUAGAAUUGAAAGAACUUGAAUUAAUCGAUGAUACAAUUAACGGUGAAAACAAUAAUAAUUUAUCACGUGUAUCCACAUCAAAUCAUAAAAUACCUUCCUCACCACAUCCAUCACAUUUUAUUGAUGAUGAUGAUAAUUAUAUUGAGAGAAAUUCUAUCUUAUCAAAACUUUCUUGGAGAUUUACUACUGUGGUUAAUAAAAGCAAAUUAAGUUUCAAACCUACAAUAAAUUAUGAUCGAAAAAUUAAUUCAUACGAAGUUUUGUUUGAUCAAGUGAAUGAAGAAGAACGAAAAUUCUUUUUAGAUUUACAAGAAGAAAUUAAUAAAAUUUCUGAAUUUUAUGAAGCAAAAGAACAAGAUGCAUUAAAACGAUUUCAAAAAUUAAAAAACAUAUUUAAUGAAUUAUUACCAAAUUCGAAAAUAUCCGUAAAAAUUAAUAAUGAUAAUAAUAACUUAACGAAAAGAAUAUUAAGCUCUGUAGAAUUAAAAAAUGCCAAGAGAAAGAUUAAAAAAGCAGUUUUUGAGUUUUAUCGUGGAGUUUUAUUAUUGAAAAAUUAUAAGGUUCUAAAUUAUACGAGUAUAAUAAAAAUUCUCAAAAAAUAUGACAAAAUUUCAAUGAGAAAUGGUAGUGAGAUUUUUGUGCCAAUCGUAAAUGAAUAUUAUUUCAUGAAAUCAAAGAAAUUGGAAAUUUUAAUUAAAGAAGUUGAAACCUUUUAUGUCGAUAAUUUCGAAGGAGGAGUAAGAAAUCGAGCAAUGCGAAAAUUGCGAAUUCCAAACAAUCGUAAAAAGACAUAUCAUUUUAUAUCAUGGCGUAUUGGUGUUUAUAUUGGAUUAACUAUUCCAAUGAUUUAUUAUUUAUUAAUAUCGAAUUUUCGACAAUUUAUUGAGAUUCCAGCAUUAAUGCUAUUAUUAUUACUGGGAAUGAUGCACUUAUCAAUCCCUUUAAAAUCUAAUGUGAACAACGAUCAUUAUUCUCUUAUAUUGGGAAUAAUAUAUUUGUCAAUACUUUUUUGUCCAUUACCUAUUUUAUAUCAUGAUGCAAGAAAAUGGAUGGUUAUUACUUUAGGACGAAUAAUGUUAGCACCAGCCUUUCGAGUACAAUUUCGAGAUUUCUUUAUUGCGGAUGAAUUAAAUAGUCUAACAUACUCAUUAACCGCCUUUCAGUUACUUGGAAGACCAUUUUUCAAUAAUAUGGGUUGUUUCGCUACAGAUUGUUCUACUACUCAAAAAUUCAUUUGGACACCUAUCCUAGCAUGUUUACCAGCAUUUUGGCGAUUUAAUCAAUGUUGUAGACGUUAUAAAGAUACCAAUCGAAAAUUUCCUCAUCUAUUAAAUGCUGGGAAAUAUUUUCUAAGUAUAUUUACGGUUUGGGUAGGAUAUGGAAUGCGUUUAACAGGAAACAUGACAAUGUUUUACGUAAUAUGUCAAGUACUUUCAUCAAUUUUUACAUUCUUAUGGGAUAUAAAAAUGGAUUGGGCAUUAUUUAAAUUUAAUAGUUCAAAUUUUUUACUUCGAGACGAAUUAGGAUUUAAAAAUAAUUCGAAACACAUAAAUAAUUGUAUCGAAAAUCGAGCCAUCAAAGAUAUUCAUCUUCCCUUCAAUAAUAAUGAUGAUACAAGAAAUGACACUAAAAACAUUAAUGAUAUAGAAAUCGUUACUUCUCAACCACCAUUACCAUCAUCAACUUUUCCAUUCUUUAGGUCAGUUGGAACACCAAGAACACAUGCAGCGGCUACGAGAGCGAAGAAAAGGAAUAACAAGAAUUUGUUCAUCGUGAUAAUUGUUUUAUGGAAAUAUGGAUAUGGAUAUAUUGUUGUUGGCGCUUCAGCUUUAGUAGCAUUAUGGGCUAUGCUUCCAAGAAAUCGCUGGGUAAAAGUCGUCAUAAUUUUAGUUUUAGUAAGUAUUUUUACCAAUUAUGUAGGGGCAUUUAAAAUCGAUUCGCCUCCAUCACAUAAAGUGAGGAAAAAAAUGGAAGAAACUAUCGAGAAAUGGGACAGGCCUGAUAUUUCUAAAUAUUUGGGAAUUGGCACGAUUGUGAAAAGUGAAGGCAGCGUUAGGAUUGAUCAUCAAGGUUUGAUAACUGAGAAACCAGAGCAUCGGGGAAAAAGAUACGCUAAUCUGCAGCUCCAAUUUGGGUCGAACACAUUUGCAGUUGUAAUAGUGCCUGUUGAUGUAAAAUUUGGCAAAGAGAAGUUCCGAAAAGCAUUCUUGGAAAGCUUAAACAAUAGAGAGCCGAGUCGGGAAAAUUGGACUUAUAAAGUUGCACAUAUUGGACAUAUGUCCAAGGCCAACACUGUUCAUUAG